UGUUUAUUUUAAUUUAUUUUAAUUUAAUUUAAUUUUUUUUUUUUUUUUCACAAUCGCAACACUUUAGCGAAUUUUUGUGCGUACAAAAAAAGGAAAAAAAAAAGUUUCAGAUAAUUUUUCCCAAACUUUUCUCAUUUAACAGCAUACAUCUCUCGUCAACAUUUGAUCGUGUUAACACGCUUUUACAAAGUGACCCCCAUUUUUUUGGUGUAUGAGAAGAAAGAGAAGAGCCACAGGAAGAAGGGAGUUACAUACGAAUUAUGAAAUAUGAAAUACGAAAUACGAACAUAUGAACACACGAACAUAUGAACAUACGAACAUAUGAACACACGAACAUAUGAGCACACGAACAUAUGAACAUACGAACAUAUGAACAUACGUACAUUAUCGCUCGCUCCACUUGAUAAACUAUAAUGACAUCGAGAAGACAUAAAUUUUUUAAUGAAACAGAUUUAAAGAUAUACAUCAUAGGGGAUGAGGACUCUGUAGUGGGCUUCUUACUAGCUGGCAUAGGCUUUCGGGAUGGCUUAGGGAAAAAAAAUUUCUUCAUCGUGAAUUCAAAAACGAACAAAACCGAAAUAGAGGAAGUGUUCAAGGAAUACACCUCAAAAAACGACUGCGGAGUUAUUCUAAUGAACCAACAGGUGAGCACACAAGGGAAGAAAAAUCUCUCUGCAUCGAACUGCCAUAACGUGACAAACCAACGAAGCAGAGAAAUGACUGACCCAUGAAUGGAUAUCCCUGUGAAGCGUUAUGACGAGGGAAAAUUUUUUCUCCAACGUGUCGGGGUGCCCAAGCACAUCCACAAAGAUUUACACAUCUGUAUAACUAUCGCGGACGAAAUAAGACACUUGGUUGACCUGCACGAUAAGAUUCUGCCGACCGUUUUGGAAAUUCCGUCCAAAGACAAACCGUUUGAUCCCAACAAAGAUUCGAUCAUACAGAGAGUGAAGCUUUUUUUCGGGGGGGAUAUAUCAAAUCUGAAGUGA